AUGUCUUACUUCAGUCUUCCAAUACUGCUUCUUUCCAUGCUAAGCAUCCUCAGCCGGACCUCUCCCUCAUAUGGCGCAAAUUACCUUUAUCACUUCUGUGCAAACACCACUAUCCCCAAAAAUAGCCCCUACAAAGCCAGUCUAAGCUCCCUAUUCUCUUCCUUCUCCUUGUACGCCAACCACAACGUAGAAUUCUACAGUCCCAGCAGCAGCUCCCUCACGUCAUCCCUCUCCUCCAACGCCAUCAGCAAAAUCCAAAUCUCUCUCAACAUCUCGGACCCUGUCUAUGGCCUCCACAUCUGCCGUGGUGAUGUCACUGCCGAAGUGUGCAGAGAAUGCGUGGAGGAGGCCGCAAAUGACCUCGCCAACAGGUGCUCAAGCGAAUUGGUUGCUGUAAUUUGGUACGAUGAGUGUAUGAUGCGUUACUCCAAUGCGUCUUUCUUCUCCACCGCGACCAUAAGGCCUAGAGUUGCCUUACUGAACACGCAGAAUAUGACCAAGCAAGAGCAAUUCAAUCGGCAAGUGAACAUGACGAUGACAGACUUGGCAAGUCGGGCCUCGAACGUUACAGCGGGAGCUAAGAAGUUUGGGGUGAAUCAAGUGAAAAUCUCGGAGUUUCAAACGUUGUACAGCUUAGUACAGUGCACACCGGACCUGUCCAACACCGAUUGCAAUAGUUGUCUUCAGGCCGCUAUUAACCGUCUUCCUAUAUGUUGUGGUGGAAAGCAAGGAGGAAGAGUUCUUUUUCCUAGUUGUCACGUGAGGUACGAAUUGUACAGGUUUUACAAUUUGGUCGAUACGGUCCCUACACCUGAGCUUCCGCCUCGGCCUUUAUCUAUACCUCCAGGUUCUCCAAGUUUACCAAUAGGUAAAGUCAAGCACCAUUUCAUUGCUUUCCAUUGUUGGUAA